CAAUAGUGAAAUGAGUUAGUAAGCUAAACCAAAACGCCUAUAUGUAUAUCUGAAUACAAGGCCAAUCAUAACCAAAUGAUCUUUGGCUUUGUUUAAUAAUAAGUUUAGAGAGAGAGAGAGAGAGCGAGAGAGGUAGCCAUGGCGAUGAAGGGAAAGCUGGAGAGUGUGAUGGAAGUGAAAGCAUCAGCUGACAAAGUUUACGGGGUGUUCAGGAAAACAUCACACCACAUCCCCAACCACACAGCAAAGAACAUCCAUAAAGUUGAAGUCCAUGAAGGAGAUUGGGAGACUCAUGGGUCAAUCAAGUACUGGAAUUAUACUCUUGAUGGGAAGCCGGAAGUUUUGAAGGAGAGGAUGUUGUUCGAUGACGAGAAGAAGCUGGUGACCGUAAUCGGGGUGGACGGAGACCCGUUGAAGUUAUACAAAGUGUACAUAGGCAAGUUUGAGAUGAAGCCAAAAGAUGACGGCGCUGGCUGCUUUGUGACCAUCACGGUGGAGUAUGAGAAACUCAACCCUGCCUCCCCGCCUGCCUACAAAUACCUGGAUUUCCUGGAAAGCGUUGUCCAGGAUCUCGGUGAAGCUCUCGCCUAAUCAUUGAUCAUCACCACCAAUACAAACAAAUGAGACCCCAUAAUACAUCUCAUUUGCCAUAUAUCUAGUUUAUGUGUAAUCCAAAUAAAGAAGAGUGUGUUUAAAGUCAUAUUCGAUGAAAUGGGUUUGUAAUAUUCGGGUUGUUAAGUGUUAUGAUCAUCAUCGACCCUUUGUAUUUUAAAUAAUGAGGGUUCUGACUUUGCUGAGCUUUCAAAGAGAUCCGUUGAAAAGUUGUAUGAUCAAUGCUUCUUAUGGUAUGAAGAUAUGUAUUCAUAAUAUCUAUUAAAAUUUACGAAAAUAG